AUGAGAAUAGUCUUCUUCAUAUGCCGACUGCUGAAGCCUAAGAGAAUUGAGAUGGGAACCAAGUUCAAAUUAAAUACCGGCGCUGAGAUUCCAGCCCUCGGCUUCGGUACCUGGCAAGAUGAGGAUGCACAAGAAGAGGCCGUACUGGAGGCAAUCAAAGCCGGCUAUCGACACAUUGACACCGCUACAGUCUACGGCACCGAAAUGGCAGUCGGCCAGGCUAUCAGGGCAAGUGGUUCACCACGAGAAGACCUCUUCAUCACAACCAAGCUAUGGAAUAACAAACAUCACCCAGAUGAUGUAGAAGAAGCUCUACAGCAAUCCCUCGAUGAACUGGGUCUGGAAGCAAUGGAGAAGCUAUUGGAAACAGGAAAGGCCAAAGCAAUAGGUGUCUCAAACUUCUCCAAGGCCGACCUGGAAAAAUUGCUUGCAGAAACAUCAGUUGUGCCCGCUGUGCACCAAAUGGAAUGUCAUCCAUGGUUGCAGCAGCGUGAUUUCUCGGAGUGGCAUAUAGAAAUGGGUAUUCACAUUACGCACUACUCACCAUUUGGGAAUCAGAAUGCCUUUUAUGGUAUGAAAGCUGGAUUUGGAAAGUUGAUUGAGGAACAUGUGCUGGCAGAGAUUGGAGAGCCGUAUGGCAAACGCCCCGCUCAGGUUGUUCUCGCCUGGGCAGUGUCGUUGGGUCACUCGGUAGUCCCAAAGUCGAAGACCCCGUCGCGAAUUAUAUCAAACCUGGAGGGGGAUUUCAAACUGAGUCCUCAUGAUAUGGAGAAGAUCUCUGCCCUCAAUAGAGGACUUCGCUUCAAUGAUAGCAGCGGAGAGUUUGGGCGAGACUUUUUUGAAGACUUAGAGGACAAGACCGGGUAG